AUGGCAGAUGAAUUGGUGGAAGCUGCCCAGCAUGGAAACGUGGAAAAGCUGAAGGUUUUCUUCAAGAAAGGCAUGGACGCAUCCACGACCCGGGUGCAGCAUGCAUGCGUUGUUGCCGCUCAAGCAAAGCACGAGGAGGCGGUGAAGGUUUUUCUGGAAGGUGGUGUGCCACUGACCUGUUCUGAUCGAGAAGGAAGGCGGCUCAUCCACACUUGCGCCAGAAAUGACCUUCCCAAAACGAUCAAGCUCAUGGUGUCCAUGAAAGCGGAUGUCACGAAGCCAGACAGCGAUGGUGCGCUUCCGAUAUCUUUGGCCAUCAAGAACAAGUUCCACGCCGCCGUCAAGGAACUCUUGAUGGGUGGAGCAACGGUUCCUGCCAAUGCUGAAAUGCCCGGCUUGGCCGCCAUCGUCAUGGAGGUGCAACUGGAGCAGUGCGGGAACGAGAUCCGUCCGCUGGCGGGUUGCGAGGUGGAUCCUCAGGAUAUUUUGGAAGCAGAGCGGUCCGUGCUGGAGGGUAUGCAGGAGCAUAAACGUCUUUUGAAGCUCCAGGAGGACAGUCGGGCUGCGAAGAGCCUGAUUGAGUUGGAGAGUCACAUCAAAGAAGAGGAAGAGACGUUGGAAGAGAUACAGAAGAAUUCAGCCGGGCUCAUUGAUGAGUUGAGUCAACGAAAGAUUGAUGUUCGAAAUGCGGAGACGGAAUUGAGUAAGCUGCGGAAAGAGCUGUCGUCUGUUCUUGAGACCUUCAAUGAGACCAAGGAGGAUGAUGAGAAGUUGAAAGUGGAGCUUGAAGAAAACAGCCGCCAACUGAAAGAGGCAGGGGGCGGAUCCAUGAUCGACCUGAGAGAUGCCGAUGACUUUAUUUCCACUCUGGACUACAGCCUGAUAGAUCUGAUUUCUGAUGAAUUUUUGCUGAUCUCUGUUGCUCAAAAGUUGUCGCGUUUUGACCACCGCAGUGUUGAACUUGCUGCUGUUCGCAUGGCGGAUAUCACUCUCCUAGCUGAAGCCGCGAGCUGUUUGAGUGAUGCAGUGCAAGCUCCUGCGGAUUCUUUGGACAAACUCAAGAAAGCUUUGGUCUUGAUCAAUCGGGCCGAUGAAGUCUCUGGGCCAACGCAGCCCAGAAGCUUGGAAUCCAUGCUGCUUCGUGGUUUCCAGUCUUUAGCAUCUUAUGUUCUCCAAGAUGGAGAAGAAGCCAAUGACCUCAAGAGGGCAGAAGCACACUUCAAUGCUGCAUUGAAGGAUAGCUCAUCUUCCCCCCGUGCACGGUUUGGCAAAGCAGUCCUCAGCGCACACCGGGGCAACUGGCAAACAGCCUUAAAAUCCUUUCGUGAGGUGUUGAUGCGCGCCGCCCCACAUAAGCCCACUGACGGAGUACAGGUCGUGGCAUUGCGACAUUUGAGGUUUGCUAUGGCUUUUUGUUUCGUAGGUUUGGGUCGAAUGGAAAAAGCUCAGAAGGCGCUGCUGGGCGUCAUAGAGCUGCACCCGGACCCCGAAGCGCUGUGCGCCCUGUCGCGCCUUGCAACGCGGGACUCCGUGGGCCAUGCAAAGCAAACAAACGGUGAGCCGCCACCUGAAUGGGCGCUGGCCAAAAGCUUUUUGGAGGAGGCAGCAGAAGGCGUGUGCUCCAAGCAGGUUCGUGCCGAGUUGCACUACCAGCAAGGGCGGCUAGCGCAUGUGAAAGGAGACGUGGCAAAAGCGAUGAGAGAAUACGAACAGUCAGUGGAUCUCAUGCCGCAGCACCAGAUUGCCGUGUACACUUUGGCGCAGUGCCUGGUGCACAGAAAACUCUACUCUCGCGCCAUGAAAUUGCUGGAAAAGUCGCCCAAACACAUGAGGCAAGAGCCAGAGGUGUUGAAGCUUCUCAUAACUGCUUAUCUUGCAACCAACGACAACGAGCACAACCACAAGGCACGUGAAGCUUCAGACCGCUUGGUGGCCCUGGUGCCAGAAGAUGUUGAGGCGUUGAGCAUGAAAGCAGAGGCCUACACACGUGUGAAGCCCAAGGACGCCGUCAGCACCUAUGAGCGACUGGCUCAGCUCCUGGAGUCACCGGAGAAUCAAAGCGAGGCGACGCCAGAGAUGUGGAAUAACAUGGGCACCAUCUUCAGCAUCUACGGUGACCCUGCUAUGGCGCAAAGAGCCUAUGAGAAGGGGCUUGAGUUCGUUGAGCAGCAAAUUCUGCACAGCACCGAUCCGCAAGAAAAGAAGGAGUUGGAGGUUUCCCAGAUUUGCUUGAAGUUCAACCGAGCUUUUCUGGCUGAGUCCCAUCCCUCCGGGCCUGAAAUCGCAGAGGCCGUGUCAGAGUACAUAACUAUGCAGGAGGACAAUCCUUGGUUUGCAGAUGCCUCGCUGCGAGUUGGGAAGCAGUGGCAGAGUCUGGGCCGUACGCAACAAGCCUUGCAAUCUUAUCGCAUGGCCAUGAACGACGCUCCAUUCGAGGCCAGAUUGUACAGUGCCGAAGCUUUGCGAGAAGCAGGACAAUACACCAAUGCCUUAAAGUGGGGAGAGCGAGCUUUGGCAGCUGCAGGUGAGAAGGAGGAGCACUAUGCCUACGUUUUUUUGGCGAAUUUGUACUACGAAGCUGCCACUUCCCACAAGACCCCCUCUGCAGCGAAGGACGAGUAUCUUCGAAUGGCGAUGGAGCGCUAUGUCAAGGCCCUGGAUAUAGAUAGUGAUUGUUUUGCAGCGGCCAAUGGCGUGGGCAUGGUCUUUGCACGACGUGGCAAACCAGAGAUCGCACGAAAGGCUUUCCAAUGCGUGAGAGAUCACAAGGCCAUGGAAGACAACCCGUCGAUCUACAUCAACCUGGCCCACACUUACAUCCAGACUCACGGGGUUCGGAGAAGAAAGCGGGUCUUUGGCGACGACGCAGAAAGCGAACCCGAAACUGAAGAACGGAUCGCCAACACAAGGAAGGCCAUCUCCUUGUAUCAAAAGGCAAAGGAAUUGGAUCCAGAUGAUGUUUCAGUGAACUUGCACAUUGCCAAAGCCUUGAACAAUUUAAAAGACUACGAUGAAGCUGCUGCUGUCCUGAGUGAAGCAGCCCACAACUGGCCAUUCGACAUGCUUGUCAAGAUCAAUCAGGCCAAAAACUGGGAAGACUGGGCGAAGCACACUUUGCGCGUCUACCGGGGAUUCCGUGCCAUUCAAAAGCCCGGCUGCCUGGAAAAGGUCGAAGAUGCCAGAGAUUGCUUGACAUCCGCAGUUGCUGCUUGGAAUUUCAUCUCUAACUAUUGGUCAGAGAUGACACACAUCGAAUGUGGGCUCUUGUCUCGGCGGAGUGGUCAUCCCGAAGGGCUGAAGACAUUUAUGUCGAACAUCAAGGAACACAUCGCGAACCUGCAGCAGCUAAUUGAAACGGUCAACGUUAGAGUUCAAGAGUUGGCGCGGCAAAUCCAUCACAACGAUCUCCAGUUAGAAAGGCUGAAUCUUGAGAAGAAGGAGGGAGAAAGAGAAGCCGAGAACAGAGCCAAGAACUCCGAAGCGUUUCGAAGAGAAAAACAUUUGGAAGCUGAAGAUCAAGCAUUACGAUUGAUGGAAAGCGGGAGACACAUCAGGCUGGGCCGCAACUUGGAGGCAGUAAAAGACAAGGCUGCCGCCAAGUCCAGCAACAAGAAGAAGAAAACCGAGGAGAAGCAAGAAACUCCCCAAGAGGCAGAGCAGCCAAUGCAGGUCGUGGAAGGUGGAGAGGACAUUGGCGGUGAUGCUGCCAAUACUAUCUCUGGCAUCUUUGACGAUGAAAUUCCACAUGAUGAUGAGGAAGUCGUAGUGCCUCGAGAGAGAGAAAAGAAGGACAAAAAGAAGAAAAAGGACAAGAAGGACAAAAAGGACAAAAAAGACAAGGAGAAAAAAGACAAGAAGGACAAAAAGAGAAAACAUCGAGAAAAUGAAGAUACAGCAUCUGGAUGA